GCAAUUUUUGAUGGUUUGCCAGAGGAUUACAGUCAUCUCCAAACGAUUGUCUAUAAUCGUGAAACACCGAGUUCAAUCUCGCAGAUCGAAGCAAUGAUUAUCGCGCAUGAAGCGCGGCUAGAUCGCGCUCGAUCUCGUCAGGUUACUGCGAAUCCUCCAUCGGCGCUGCUGACGCAGGCUUCGCUGCCGCCAGCGACGCAACCUCCAUCGUCGGCGCCGUCGCCGGUGCCUUCUGAGGCAAAUUAUGCUUCCAGUUCCGUCGAUUCUUCCUAUGAGGAGCGCUCCUUUGAUGAGCGCGGUGAUGAGCGCAGUGGUUUCUCUGAUUCGCGUGGUCGUGGUGGUUAUAAUGGACGUGGCGGAGGCAACAACUCUCGCGGUGGCUACAAUGGACGUGGCGGAGGCAGAGGCAACAAUCGCAGUGUGCAAUGUCAGAUCUGCAAGAAGUAUGGUCAUGAUGCCAGUAUCUGCUAUCAUCGUGCAUCUUCCACUCCUUCUAUUGGCAUGUCUGGCAUGAACUCAGGCUAUGGAAUGCAAUUUCCUAAUUUCCCUAUGGUUCCUAUGCCUCAGUUUGGUUUCUCUCCUUACUGUGGUUCUCCUCAGUUUGGAAAUCCAACUCAGUUUGGACAACAACAAUACUCUGGACCUGGUUCCUCUUUUCCAGGAUUUCCUUUUGGUCCUCAGCAGUUUGGUUUUCAUCCUUUUGCUGGUACACCUUGGAAUAAUUCAUCCUCUUCUCAGUUCACAAGUGUAGGGCACAGACCUGGAAAUUACAAUGCAAGACCACCUCAAGCUAUGAUCACAGGUUCAUCACAAGCAGGAGGCUCUUCUGCCUCAGCAAAUCUGAGCACUUGGUUCCCUGAUUCUGGUGCAACUCACCAUGUGACUAAUGAUGCAUCAGUUGUCUCAGAUAGUGUUUCUCUUGCUGGUCACCUCUAGGGUUCUUCUUAAAGGUCAUGUUGGUCCAGAUGGCUUGUAUGUCUUUGAAGGCAUGCACACUCCUUCUCUUUCCAAGAGAUCUUCUGUUCAAGUUCCAAGUUCCUUGCCUCCA